AUGCAUCCUUAUACAUCAAACUAUUCUAUCCCAUCAUCAUCACUUUAUCAUUCAUCAUUAUCAUCUUUUGUUCAUCCAUUUAUGCCUUCGAUUAGUACUAGUAUGAUGCCACCAUUUCCAUUUUUUCAUGGAUCACCCGAUCGAUUUACAGAAUUUCUUCUUGAUUCUCGUCAUCCACGUAAACAACGUCGAUCUCGUACUGCUUUUACCAGCCAACAAUUACAUGCAUUAGAAAGAUGUUUUGUUAAAACUCAUUAUCCUGAUGUUGUUAUGCGAGAAAAACUUGCUCUCUAUACAAAUUUACCUGAAGCUCGUGUACAAAAAAAAAAACAAAAAAUACUUGUUGAUGCAUCGAAAAAACGAACAACAGUUGUAACUGAUGCCCAUACAAGUGACGAUGAUGAUGUUGACGAUGAUGAUUCAAGUUCAAAAGAUGACUCAAUGAUGGUUACCACUAAAACGACAGACGAGGCAACAGUACAAACUUCAGCUAAUUUAUUAUGUCAUCAAUUAUCACCACUUAUUCGAAUGUCUUCUUUUACAUUAAAUAAUGAACAACAUUUUAAAACCGAUCCAUCAAUAUGCAAUUUUUCUACAAAUGAUGAACCAUCGAAAUGGCGUCCAAAUACAUUAAAAUAUCAUAUUGAAAGUUUAUUACAGUAA